CUGUGUAUCAUUUUCGUAUAGUUCCCAAAGUCAGUUAUACCCUGAAGGUAUACUUAAGUAGGUGAAAAUGAUAACGAUUUAUCGGUGUUUUUCGUUCGCUAGAUGAAUUAUUUUUUUACUAAUCGAGGCUUUUGGUAUGCCUCGUAUAUUAUUUAUUCGGUAAUCGAGCCAUAGAAAUAGGAAGAUGUCGAAGAAAUUAUUUAUGAAACCUUUGAAAGCUCUAGCUUCACCGGGCAUUUAUUUAUUCGGAAAAUACAACCAAUACAAACGUGAAAGACAACAAUCCAAUGUACCCAGUACACCUGCAGAAAAUGAAUUAUCUCAAUUAAAUACUAAAAUUGAUAAAUUGUUAAAUAAACUGAAUGGAAAACAUGCCGAAGUAGCAGCAACGCUGGAAGAGGAGUGUGUAAUAUGUGUAAAUGCCAAAGCAGUCAUGCAGACGUAUCCUUGCGGUCAUAAAGUAGUAUGUCGCAGAUGUUUCGUGAAAACAAUCCAGAUUGCACUGGCUCAACGAACGUUACCAUUACGAUGUGUAAUAUGUAGAGCGAAAAUUUUACGAUUAAAGCAUACCCAGAAUAGUAAACUAUCGUCUGUACAGACCUUACAAUCUCGUUCGUCUUCCUGUUCGACGUCCAAGCAACGACCGUACUCUGAAAUGGUUACCAGGAGCUGUUCGCUCGAGGAAAAUCCAUGGCCUAACGGAACUUCCAAGUAUUCUAGAUCGUUACCGGGUAUUAACGGUGGUGGUAGUUUUAAAUACAGGUCUUCCGUCAAUAGAUCACAUUCUGCUGUUGUCUACCGUAAACCAGCCAAUUCUAUGAGAAAAUGCUGCAGAUCAUGUUCGUUGAGUUCUUGUUCGUCGGUAAAAGUUCCAAAGCCUAGACAAUCCGUAGAAUGUAGCUCUCGAAAUAUAAAUACAGAACAGCGUUGCAAUAAACGAAAAAUAGACGAAAAUGCUUCCAACGCAAAUGUUAAGAAAGAAACACUGGAUCGAAAAAAGCCUACGUCGUCUUUAUCCAGAGAAGAAUUAAUACAACAAUUUCAACGUGAUUUUCACGGAGGUCAAUUAUCUAGUCGCUCAUCUUCCGCCAGAAUUAAACCGCCGGCGCCCACUAAACCGUCUCAAACGCCCAAACGCGUCGACACCAAUAAUAAACCUACCAAGCUAACCGUCCGAGCCGAAGUCACGCAUCCGGACAAGAAAAAGAACUGCGACCCCGCACCAGAGAACGGAUCCAAAUGCCGCGAAAAGAUCACCAAAACCAAGGAGAAAAAUUCCAAGAGUUGUAAAUUCAUGAAAUUAGACAAAAAAGAUAAACUCAAGGGGCAAAACGAAAAAGAUACCAAGGCGAGUAAAAAAGAGAAAAAAGUUGACAAGAAAAUGGCAAAAGUUAAAUGAAAAUCUUUUAUUGGUUGUCUCUUAAGGCUGUUUUUUUUAUUCUCCGUUUCACCCCCUUAUUCCUUUCAUUAUAAGUUACACUUCAAAAAGCUGAACUUUUUACCGCACAAGAGCUUCGUAUUAGGCAUGUGAUAUAGAUUUUAGAUACCAUUUUAACUCUUACCCAAUAAUACCUACCUAAAUAUUCGUAAAAUGAAUAAAUGCGUUUAAUUCGCGCGAUACCAUUGUAAACCAACGUUUAAGAGAGAAGUUCCUUUGAAAAUUAAAAAAAAAAAAAAUGAAUAAAUAAAUGAAUAAAAAAUUUAAUAUAAAAAACGAAUCGUUAUUAUUUUAAAAAAUAUAUAUAUUUAUAAAAAAUAUUUCAAAUAAACUGUUACCUUAAAUUUAAAUUUGUAUUCUACUUGUAUUGUUUUAGAGGAUUACUUUUUUCUGCUAUAGUAUUUCUUAUAAAUGUUGACCAUUAUCGAGGUUGUGUUGAAGCAAUAAUAAAUCUAGGAUAUCUUUUAUCAUUUUUUGUAUGUUUAUCUUUCAUCGAUCAUCGAUCGCAUCGUUGUUGAUUUAUAAAUAUAGGUAUACAAGUAGGUACAUUAGCUAUACACAACAAUACAUCAAAUACAUACUACACAAACAUCAUCAUAUAAAUACACUCCGAACUCUCCGAAGAAAUACAAAUUUAACUGGUACAUUUUUAUAUUAGGGCAUAUGCACAAUGAGUUCAUCUCAUUUGUUACUCCCUAUUUAUAAAAUGGGAAUUAAACGUUGAAAUAUCUCAUUACAUAAUUA